AAAAUAACUCUUGCCCAUUCUACCUGAUCACACUCCCAAGCAGCAGCUUUUCCUGGAUUCACUUCUCAAUGACAAGCUGUUCAGAGAGCACCUAUCAGAACGAAUAUCAUCAUCUGCUCCUUUCUUUUUUUCCUUUCAGGAUAUACUGCUGUCCAUCAGGAGAAGUAAUUAAUGGGUUUAUUAUGUAUAAAAGCAUAAUCCCAUCAGUUCGCUGUCUGGUUUGAAUAGCUCAUAUCAGCUCUUCAUUCAUGCCAAGUACGCUCACCGUCCAGAGAUAUGAGAAAGCUGUAUCUCCUUUUGGAUUUUUCUCUCACUAAUCACAAAACAGUACACCAGAACUACAUGGUACAGAAGCACAGGGAGGACAGAAGAAGAAAUCCCUUCAUCCUCAACAGAAAGGAAGCUAAUGGACUAAAAAGUUGGUAAAGAGAAGAACAAAUAAGGAAAGCAAGAGAGUGCAAGAGAACAUCCAUGCUUCUAGCCCGGAUGAUGUUUUUAAAGCAGCUUGAUUUGGAAACGUGUGUAAUUCUGAAAUAUGGACAAGCAGAACUUUUCCAGAGGGUAAAAUGUCUAUAGAGACAACCAGGAUUUCUCAUUGCUGAAACAUUCAAUGAAUUUUUAAUAAGUUCUGAACACUCAAAUUGUCUGUGGUCAGAUUAACUGCUGUUACCAGAUAAAGGCAAAACUCACCUUCUGGUUCUAUAAUCUUUUUCAAAUGGAGUCUUCAUCUAUAGCAUGCUGUCCUAACUAAUGCUACAGGAUUAUCAAGAAUACUGAUAUAAAGGCACUGCAAGAAAUAAAACAUACUGGAAAAAGAAAACACCAGAGGAAAGUAGAGAAGGCAUUUCAGGUAUUGAAGCUUACUCUUUUCCAACCAGAGUUUAAAUUACUGAGCUUCAAACAAACCACUGCCAGGGGCUGGCCAAGAAGAGAUGAGAUAGAAAAGAGAACAGUCUAGAACCUAAGACUAAACCCUAAUGUACAUUCUUGCACCAGGAUGGAAGGGGAAUCUUACCACAAUGCAACCACGGUCAAUGGCACCCCAGUAAGUCACCAACCUUUGGAACGCCACCGCUUGUGGGAGGUCAUCACCAUCGCAGCUGUGACUGCUAUGGUAAGCCUGAUCACCAUUGUGGGAAAUGUCUUGGUCAUGAUCUCCUUCAAAGUCAACAGUCAGCUCAAGACGGUGAACAACUAUUACCUGCUCAGCUUAGCCUGCGCAGACCUCAUCAUUGGGAUCUUCUCCAUGAAUCUCUACACGACGUACAUCCUCAUGGGACGCUGGGCUCUCGGGAGCCUGGCUUGUGACCUUUGGCUUGCACUGGACUAUGUGGCCAGCAAUGCUUCCGUCAUGAACCUUCUGGUGAUCAGCUUUGACCGUUACUUUUCCAUCACGAGACCCCUGACAUACCGGGCCAAGCGUACACCAAAGAGGGCUGGCGUCAUGAUUGGCUUGGCCUGGCUGAUCUCCUUCAUCCUCUGGGCUCCGGCAAUCCUCUGCUGGCAGUACCUGGUUGGGAAGCGAACGGUCCCACCGGAGGAGUGCCAGAUCCAGUUCCUCUCUGAGCCCACCAUCACGUUUGGCACUGCCAUUGCCGCCUUCUACAUCCCUGUUUCUGUCAUGACCAUCCUCUACUGCCGAAUCUACCGGGAGACAGAGAAGCGGACCAAGGACCUGGCUGAUCUCCAGGGCUCUGACUCCGUGGCCGGAGCCGAGAAGAAAAAGCCAGCUCACAGGGUUCUGCUCAGAUCCUGCUUUAGCUGCCCUCGACCCGCCCUGGCCCAGAGGGAACAGAACCAGGCCUCUUGGUCUUCAUCCCGCAGGAGCACCUCCACCCUUGGGAAGCCAUCCCAAGUCACCAGCUCCAGCACCGAGUGGGCCAGAGCCGAGCAGCUCACCACCUGCAGCAGCUACCCCUCCUCCGAGGAUGAGGACAAGCCCCCAACUGACCCUGUCUUCCAAGUGGUCUACAAGAGUCAAGCCAAGGCAAGUCCAAGGGAAGAACUCAGUGCUGAAGAGACGGAGGAAACUUUUGGGAAAACGCACACUGAAAAAAAUGACUAUGACACCCCAAAGUACUUAUUGUCUCCGGCUGCUGCUCACAGACCCAAGAGUCAGAAAUGUGUGGCCUAUAAGUUCCGGUUGGUGGUCAAAGCUGACGGGACCCAUGAGACCAACAACGGCUGUCACAAGGUGAAAAUCAUGCCCUGCUCCCUCCCAGUGGCCAAGGAGCCUUCCACGAAAGGCCUCGACCCCAACCUCAGCCAUCAAAUGACCAAACGCAAGAGAAUGGUCCUGGUCAAAGAGAGGAAAGCAGCCCAGACCCUGAGCGCCAUUCUCCUGGCCUUCAUCAUCACCUGGACCCCCUAUAACAUCAUGGUCCUGGUCUCCACCUUCUGUGACAAGUGUGUCCCCGUCACUCUGUGGCACUUGGGCUAUUGGUUGUGCUACGUCAAUAGCACCGUCAACCCCAUCUGCUACGCCCUCUGCAACAGAACCUUCAGGAAGACCUUUAAGAUGCUGCUUCUCUGCCGAUGGAAACAGAAGAAAGUGGAAGAGAAGGUGUACUGGCAGGGGAACAGCAAGCUUCCCUGAGAUGUCAAUUCCUCUUAAAAGAGUAGCGACCAUAUUCAACUUCCUCUGAGGAAAAGCAAACUGGUUCUGGUUUACAUAUUUUAAGAAAAGACAACCAUCAUCUGGAGUCCCUGAGGACUUUUGUCAAGGCUCAAGUUCUGUUGCCAAAAGGAAGGAGUCACAGCUGCAGCAGUUCCUGUCAUUUGAAAUGAUUCUUUUCUAUGACCAAGGCCACCUGAUGCCGCUGGAGUGAGCCAAAGAAGUAAAGCGAAAGACUCGUGGCCCUUCUCAGGAGGAAGCACACUGGGUCACAACGCAAGUGACUUAGGGAACUUUUGUCUAACCUUCUGUGGGAAACAGCAGGGCCCAGGUGGAAACCUUCCCCUGUCAUAGAGUUUUUGUGCAAUAUGUAUGUGUCUAUGAAGUUGUCUUGUGCCAGGGAGAACCAGGAGAACGUAAAUCAGUGUCACUUGUUGACAAGUGUGAUAUUCAAACUGACUUCUAAGAAUAGACUUCUUCACAAACUGAUCAGUGUUUAUCACACAGCUAUUAUGUGGUGUGUGCUGCGGGAUGUUUUCCUGUCCAUACAAGAAAACAUCUGAGUGAAGUCUCUGCUCUCUCCUUUCAUAACUGAUGCUAAUCUCUGGCACUCACCAUGCUGAUCCCCACAAAACCAUCCUUCUUCUCAGAAUCCAGUGUCCAGAAGGAAACUGAAACCUGGUCAGACCAGGACUUACAGGGGCCUCCUUCUGCUAACACAGAUGAUCAAAUCUCCACAGUCA